AUGCAUAUCAAACCAGUGGCUUCACUUUCACAAGCGGCUACAGAGACUGACGGGUUUACAGACGAAGUCUCCAUGGGAAAGGCAGCUCCUAAUUCUCAAGAUUUUGAGUCAAAUUCAAAGGCAUUAGUGUUUCUUUCAAACAAAGCAAAUUCGUCAGAAAUUUCAUCUUUGACUGACAUUGACCCCAAUCGUGGUUUCCUAAAGUUUCCUUCAAAGUGGUCUGAGGAGCAAGCAGAAACAUUGUCAAACAGCAUGGCAACCUUUAGGGUUGAUGAUCAAAUUUGUGUUAAAAAAGAAGAUGAUGUGAAGUGUGAUGCAGUAGUUGAGGAACAGGAAGUUCCUUCGCAGUCUCAGCCUGUUAACUGUGAUGAUGGAUCAGAUGUCGGGGAGGAUGAUGUGAAAGUUUGUGAUAUCUGUGGGGAUACAGGUCGUGAGGAGUUGCUUGCUACAUGUAGCAGGUGCAUUGAUGGGGCAGAGCACAUAUACUGCAUGCAGGUAAUGAUGGAAAAAGUUCCUGGAGAUGACUGGAUGUGUGAAGAUUGUAUGCAUAUGGAAGAAUCUGAGAAACAAAAUCACAACUAUGUAAAAGCUGAAAGGGUCGUAAAAGGAUCAUCUUUGAGCGGUAUAAGGAAAAACUAUAAAAACGUGGAUGCUUCAGAGUUAAAGAACAGAUUGUCGAUGAAAAGUAAAUGUGCUAGAAUUGAGAUCAAAACAGGCAAAGUUGGUUCUUCUCCUAGCUUUGCUGGCAAAGGACCUACAGUCAAUGCAGAAGCUGUGUCUGUCAGUAAAAGAAGGGCUCUUGAAACAAGUGUGAAAUUGCCAAGGGUUCCUAGUUUCUGCAGCAAAACUGUACUGCAUAAGGAUGCUUCAAAAAAGGAAUUAGAUAAGAAGAAAAUAAAGGCAACCAUGGAUGUGAUUUCUGGUGACCAAUCUUCGAGCAGUUAUCUGAAAAAUGCGUACUUGCCUAUUACAUCAGACAAAUCAGACAAAUUUCGAUCGCAAAUGCAAAUGAGAAAAGGUGCUCUAUUGAAGUCAAAAUCAUUCAACGUCAUUGAUUCAAAAGUGAAGGGCAAACUGUCAGAUGAAGGUGGUGUCCAAAAGCAGAAAUUUGUCGACAACAAUGCUACUGGUGACAACAAAAAGAAAAAUAUCGCCAGCGCAAUGUGUAAAUCUUUGUCCUUUGAUAAUGCCAGGUCAAACCACUCAAAUGGUUCCGAUACAAAAGUUAAAGUGCCAUACCAUUUCAAGGACUCAAAGAAAUCGACGUUUACAAAUCAAGAGAACUCUACUCAGGUGAAGCAUGAAGCCAAGCUACUUAACCCUUUAGUGAAUGGUUCUGGUCUUCUCGUGCCACAGAGUGACAAAAAAAUUGCAUCUAGUGGUCAAACUAGUUUACUCCCUGUUGGUCAUGAUCUGGAGACUGGCCAUAGGAAAUCAAAAAACUUAUCAGAAGCAACUAAUCAUCUUGCUCAUGAAGGCUCAAGGUAUGUAAAUGAGAAAGAGAAUAGAGUGGUUGGUGAUGCGAAACAGCAUGCUGAUCAUUACAUAGAAGCAGCAGUUGCUAUCAGAGAAAAUAAUUCUAAUGUCAAUUUGCAUUCGGAAGGAAGGCCUCACGUGAGAAACUCUUCAAACGCUUUUUCUCCGGUUUUUGCUGUCCCACAGCUUGAUUACAUAUGGAAAGGUGGAUUUGAAAUGUGGAGAAAUGGAAGAGUCCUUGGUUCUUGUGAUGGAAUGCAAGCACAUUUGUCUACUGUUGCUUCACCCAAAGUUCUUGAAGUAGUACCCAAGCUUCCUCUGAAAAUGCUGGUGGAGGAAGUUCCUCGCUUGAGCACAUGGCCAACUCAAUUCGUACGAAAUCAUCCAACAGAAGAUAAUAUUGCUCUCUACUUUUUUGCAGAAGAUCUUGAGAGCUAUAGAAGAAACUACAAAGUUAUGGUGGAAUGCAUGGUUAGGGAUGACUUGGCUCUUAGGGCAAAUGUUGAUGGCGUUGAACUGUUAAUAUUCCCAUCUAACAUGCUUCCUGAGAAUUCGCAAUGUUGGAAUAGGAUGUUAUUUCUGUGGGGUGUGUUUAGAGGGAGGAGGGUUUCUUGCUCUGAACUCACGCAGCCUUCAAGAGAUGUGAAUCAAGUUGACUCUAUCCUGAAAGGAGGACAAUCCAAGCAAAGGCAGGAGAUGGACUUCAGAUUUUUUCUUCAAGGUAGUAAAAGAUAUAGCAUCGACAGUGUGAGCGUUGAUGAAGAGCCUGAUCUCAAGAGGGUCAAGACAGAUGAGUCAAAGUUUUCAGAUAAAGGAUUUCCAUUUCAAACAGAUGUGUGUGGUUCUGGUUUUUCUGGGGAACAUCUUGGAUGUGGUAAACCCUAUGAUAUGUCUGUCUCUUCAAUGGAGAUGCAAGUUCGUACAACUACAGGAAAGGUUGAAUCUCAAGUUCCAGGUAUUGAGCUAUCAUUAGGGGCACCAUUUAUUGAUUUUGAACACCAAAAAGAACUUCAAACUUGUAAUCCCAAGCUGGUGAACAACAUUAACAACGAGGACAAUGAAGUCUCAACAUCCCUUUCUCUUUCUCUUGCGCUGCCGUCACCUCUAGGAAACAAGUACUGA